AUGUUGCCUGGUCCUAUUCCUUACUCCAACGAGAGUGUUGUGCCUUGGCAUUAUGGGUCAUAUGUUUAUUAUCAUGGAAUGAAGCGAGAAGGGAGACUUUCUGAAGACAAACCAAGUGAAGACGCAAGUUUGAAUGUUGAGAAUUUCGCCGGUACGGGGAGAAUUACAAGGAGUGUGCCUGGAACUUCUUCGUCUCAAGAAGUUGAAGAGUUAUUGAGAUUAAUCAGGAAAAGUGACUACAAAGUGAUAGAUCAUCUGAGUCAGACACCAUCUAAAAUUUUAAUCUUGUCCUUGUUGAUAUGUUUCGAAGCUCAUAGAAAUGCCCUGAUAAAAUUGUUGAGUUCCGCUUUUGUGCCGCAAAACAUCAUUGUCAACCAGUUAGAAAGGGUUGUGGCCAGUAUUUCAGCUGACAAUGGUUUGGGUUUUACGGACUUUGAUCUCCCUCCUGAAGGACGCAAUCAUAAUAAAGUUAUGCACAUCUCUAUGGAAUGCAAAGGAACCACAUUAUCCCAUGUGUUGGUGGACACCGGAUCAUCCUUGAAUGUGCUACCCAAGUCCGCUCUAAUGAAGAUUGACUAUGCAGGAGUUGAAUUGCGCCCAAGCGACUUGAUAGUCAGGGCUUUUGAUGGAUCCCGAAGAUCUAUUUUUGGUGAAGUGGAUCUACCUGUUAAAAUUGGACCACAAGUUUUUGGUACGACAUUCUUCUUCAUGGAUAUACAGCCUGCAUAUUGUUGUUUGCUAGGAUGCCUGUGGAUUCAUGGGGAAGGCGCUAUAAUAUCCACCCUGCGCCAGAAAAUGAAGUUCCUAAUUGGUAGUAAGAUUGUUACUGUUUGCGGUGAGGAAAAGUACAUGGUGAGUCAUUUGACAUCUUUCCGGUAUAUAGAGUUUGAGAGGGAAGUACAUGAAACUUCUUUUCAGGCAUUUGAAGAAGUUCAGAUGAUCAAGACUCCUCUUUCUGAGGGUAAGAAGCCUGAAGUUUCUAUGUCUUUGUUGAAGGAUGCUAGAGUAGUGGUUGAGAAUGGUCACCCCAAAGGUUGGGGUCGUUUAUUAGAUCUUCCUCUAAAAUUUGACAAGUUGGGUCUCGGUUUCAGUUAUUCCCAGCAGGGUUUAUCCCCUGAAGCUCCCAAAGCUCCAGGUGUUCUCACUCUGGUAAAGUUUACAAGUGUCGGAUUUAUCAGUAACGAUCAGGCCAAUACCGUCGGUGAUGAUGAUGACAUUGAUUAUGACAUUGACAACUGGAUUAGACCAAGUGUUCCAGGUGAAAGACUCUGCAACUGGACUAUAGAGCAUGUCAUCCAAGUCACGCUCAAUCAAGAGUAA